AUGUCAUUGAGAUCCAAUAAGCAAAUUGAACUGACAGUAUCAGAUCAGGUACCGACCUUUUCACUUGAACCCGUGCAUUUACAAUUCGACCUAAAUGGAACAUUACGAAAAGUAUUAGUACAGAAUAACGUUUUGUAUUUAAUUCGAAGUACUGUCGUAUCACGAAUAGAUUUAUCCCGGCCCUCAGCUGUCGGCAAUUGUCCGCUUCCUCAGACAAAGUCCAAAAUAAGAGACAGUUGGCUACACCCCAACGGAAAACACCUUAUCAUUUCAUUCGAGGAUUUAACAUAUUACUAUCUUCAUAUUUCGUAUCAAAAGUUUAAGCCUUUGACUAAAUUUAAGGGCUUGAAUGUUGCCCAAUUGAUAUUCUUGAGCUCCAAAGAAGAUUCAACCGUUGAUGCGAGCCUGCUCUUGCUCACAUGCAAAGAUGGAGCAGUUCAUCUUGGCCAUAUUAAAGCUCAUGGAAGUUCACAAGAGGGAAAGCGUGAUGAUAAGCAUCUAAAACAAGUCUAUAAAAACUCGGAGACAUAUCUUGGAAUAAGCAUAUCAAAUAAUGGGACCCGAAUCACAAUCUUGACGACGCUGCAGGUUUUAUAUUGGGAUUGUUUCGAGUUGACCUUCCCGGAAUUAUUAAGUGUUUUCAAAUUAGCACCUGUAUCUCAAAACCUAACUGCAGAUGUGAGUCUGCGUUCUGUAUUCAAGGAUUCCUCCGAAGGAUGGGUGAUUAUUGAUCGUGAUUCCAAUAGUUUGGUGUAUCCCGCGGGCAAUGGUACUCAGAUUAAACAGCUUCCUAUCACAAAAGAGAACUCCAAGUAUGAUCAGGACUCGAUAACUAUAUCAAAGCAUCAUUUGUUGUUCUUGAAUCAUCAAGAAAUUAACGUUAUAAACAGACUUACAAAUAAUCUCACCACUCACAUAAGUCUUGAGGAUAUCUGGCUGGACGCGGAGCCCGUCAUUGGUCUUGCCCUGGAUUUUCUCUGCUCCACCUUCUGGGUCUAUACUGCAAACAGUAUAUUUGAAAUUGUGAUUGCAAAUGAGUCAAUUUCGGUGUGGUUCGACUAUUAUAAGCUAGGCGAUUUUGAUCAAGCACUAAAGUGUAUAAACCCAAGCGACCCUACCGCCAAGAUAAAGAUUGACUUCAUUCAUAUUAAGCAGGGAUAUGACCUUCUCCAGAAAGGUCUCUUCGGAUCACCGGUUCUGAAUGAAUGCCCGGAUAGCGAUGCAAUUGAUUUGCAAAUCAAGGGUAUAAGAAAGUUAGGAGAUCUGAAUGAGCCAUUCGAGAAGGUAUGCUUAAUGCUCUUGAACUUACAGGAUGUCCACAAUGCUAACUUCCGAGCCUUGAAUUUGUCCAAUACCUUACUCAUUGAGUAUCUAUUGACAAAGUUCAAAGCAGUUAAGCAGCAGUCCAACACCGUAAGGCUAACAGUACUUUCUACCUGGAUUGUUGAGUUGAUGCUGAGACAAUUGUACACUACAGAAUCUGCUGCAAAUGUUGCGAAGUCAUCUGCAACGGGAGCUUCUGAUCUCAGCAUUUUGGAGAAGGAACUUGAAAGAAUCACAGACCAAUUUCACUCCUUUUUGAAAAACAAUGAAAAGUUUCUUGAUCUGAGCAGUGUUUACCAAAUUCUUAAGGACUUGUGUUUGUCGGAACAACUAGUUUACUUUGCCGAGUUGAAGCAAGAUUUCGAGUUUUUGGUCCAUUAUCAUGUCGACAUGUCAGACUGGGAUAUGGCUUUGAAAAGUUUGGUAAACCUUUACAUUUCCGAUAAAAAAGCGGCACUCAAGUGUGUUUAUGAUACGUCAACAAUUUUGCUAAUCAAUAGUUCAAAGAAAACUGUUGAUACCUGGCUUAAAUUUGAUGGGUUGAAGUUUGAGGAUCUACUUCCCGCGAUAAUGGUGUACAACAAGAACAACCAGAGCAUGGACUACAAUGAGAAUCAGACAUUGAAGUACAUGCAGAAGCUAAUCAUAGAAAGAGGAAGUAACGACUCACUAGUCAAUAAUACUCUUUUAAGUCUCCUUAUCACUUAUCCAAAACGUCUGAAUGAAUCGGAGAAUUUGCUCACCAAACAACUAGUACGAUUACUAAACCAAUUUAAGUCUGAUGAUCACAAUUCUGUUUCUUUCGACACUGACUUAAUUUUGAGGCUCUGCUUGGCAAAUUCCCGUUACGAGGCCGCAAUAAUAGUCCUCAUUAAUGAGAAGAAGCUAUACUUCGAUGCAAUGCAAUUGGCUCUUAGCGUGAAGUCUCUCGAAAUGUCAGAGCUCAUUUUAAGAAAGUUUGAAGAGACAACAGACUCAGAAGAAGACUACGAAAAACCUAAAGACUCACAGGAGAAUAUUGACCGCAUUGGCUUGGAAUACAACAAUCACGUAAUUAAGAGGGAUCUCUGGUUACAAUACGCAAAGUACUUGAUUCAGGAGGAUGGUGAUCGAAAAUUAUACAAGGAAAUUGUAAAACGAAGCCUUUCAAAGGAAUCUCAGCCAGAUGGUAAUCUUGAAAAUGACAGCGAUGAGUUGCGCUUAAAGCAAAUUCUCAAGUACUUGCUCGAACUUUCAUCCAGAACUGACAAGAUAAAGGUUCUCACGAUUAAAGAUCUCUUGCCUUUAUUUCCCAAGACGAUUUUGGUAAAUAACUUCAAGGAGGAGAUCGUGGAGUCUUUGAAUGAGUAUAAUCUGAAGAUCAGUACUUUAACGACCGAAUUGGACUCCUCUUUGAUUACGUCAAAGAAGUUGCGAUCGCAGGUUAAGGAUGCAUUGUUGGAAACGAAGAAAGGCACCAUUCAUACUAUCAUCGAACCAGGAGAGCCUUGUCGUUUGUGCAACAAUCUAUUGAUUAACAAGAACUUUGUCUGCUUUCCCAACUGUCACCACGCUUUUCAUAAAGAUUGCAUAGCUAGGUACUUUUUGCAACUGCGCGGAGAUUAUCAGUUCAAGCGUAUUUUCCUGGAAUUCAAAAAGAAUUCUUCGCUGGCCAGCAGGGAAGAGCUUGACUCCUUGAUGACCGCGGAGUGUAUCUUGUGCAAUGCAUCCAUUAUAGAUACCAUCGAUAACGAUUUACUUGCAGAUUCUCCGAAUGUGGGGUUGAACUGGGACUUGUGA